UGUGCCUUUGAACAAGUACCGUUCGCCAAUGCGUUUUAUGAAAUUCUGAUAAUUUUUAAAAAUUAAUUUUUAUAUUUAUGCAGUAAUAAUUAAUAAUGGAAUUGCAAGAUGAACAAAUUGAUCCAAACUUAAAUGCAGAUGUUUAUAGAAAUAUGACAGCAUCAAAUCGACCAAUGAUUCAGGAUAAGCAAUUGGAGGUUGUACUCGUUUAUAAAGAUGACAGCUUAAUAUUGGGAGCUAGUAAUAUGGUAGAUCGAUAUUGGAAUGGUACAGUUUGGUUUUAUAGCGAAAUUAAUAAUUUUGAUCGUAAUCAGUAUAUCGCAGCCACACGAACUGAAAGUGGCGUACGUGUAGCUACUUAUUUAGGAAAAUAUGAUAGGUUUGUUAUUGGAGAAGACAGUGGUCUUAUUCAGAUUUUUGAAUUAGUUUUAAAAUCAGAAUUAAAAUGUAUGGGUUAUACGUGUCAACACGACGACAGUUUAACAUCUAUGUCAACGUUUAAUAAUAAUACUCAUAUUGUAACUGCUGGAAUGGAUUCAUGUAUAAAAGUAUGGGAUAUGACUGAAAUAAUAGCAAUAUACUCAUUUAAUCAGGCUCAAACAGAUAUAAUAACAAGCACUGAAGUUCAAGUGGAUAGUGAUGCAGUAUUUUUAUCUACAUCCAUGGAUUGUGAAGCUUUACUUUGGGACAUUAGAAAAUCAAAGCCUGCUCUUGGAUUGUGGAAAAAUGAAUGUGGUUUAACAGCUUCAUCAUGGCAACCUAAUAAUGAGAAUAUAGUUGCAGUAGGAGGUCUUGAUGGAAUCAUUUCAAUUCUUGAUAUUCGUAGAAUUGGUGAAACCCCUCUUUAUGAAACCCCAGAAAGUUCCCGUGGAAUACGUAAUUUGUUAUUUGAUCCUGAUCAGCCAUCUAAACUGGCGAGUUGUUAUGAUAAUACAGAAGUUAAGAUUUUUGAUAUAUCCAAUGAUUGUAAAAAUAUAUUUACUAAUGAUGAACAUGCAGACUUUGUCAGAGGUUUAGCAUGGCACAAAAGUGAUUUAAUAACAUGUUCAUGGGAUAAUACAGUUGUAAGACAUAUAGUAUCUGAUAUAUGUACGUAAUACUUAAUAGAAACAACAUUAUAUUACUUAUAAUUCAUAUAAAAGUUACA